GACUUGUAAGUGGUCAAGUAUGAUUCUAAGAGAUGACAGUGACAACCUGAAGGACAUUUCCCAUUUACAUACACAACAUAAUCCUGUACCUGUUGAAAGCCAUCAAAUGUAGAUGGACCCUUUAAAAGUGGACACAUGAGGGAAAACAGUUGUCUACAGCCUACAAGGAAACUAGACAUUAACUCAUAAACAAACCAAACACAAUGGUUUAAAUUUAGAUAAUUUACCCGGCUACAUUUCUUAUAUAAUCGAAAAAGCUCCGAAAAGGGCGCUUGAUGAUUAUUGUCUGAUAUCUAUUAUUCAGGUCUGGGCCAGUAGCAUCGUGGUGGUAAUACAGUCAAUGGGUAGUCCACAUGCUAGGUAUGUAAGUUUGAUGCACUUUGAACUUUGCUGAAUGUUUGUUUAAGAAAUUGGACGUUUUGAAUGAGCUUUUAAUUAUUUAGGUUAAAUUGCUGAAUAUGUUGACGUCCGUCGCCUGUUCGUGUGCGCGAAGCGGUAGAAAAAUAUCGGCCCCUGUUGCCCAGUUUUACACCUUGGCAACGGUUAAAGCGUCACCGAAAACACUGACUCUGACACGGGGACAGGAUUUGUCUGAACACCGGUCAUGCAGACUCUUCACACCGACUCCUCGGCGGCUGUCUACGGGACUUACCUCCAGGUCCGUGUCCCUGUCGGCCUGUUCCCGAGGGGACGCGGACCUUCUGGACACCCCCUCAGUCGCAGCUAACCCGAAGGACUUCGGCUCGCUGUCCACCGACAUGUCCUCCAGGAGGUCGUUCAGGAAAAGCAGCCCUGGCAUCCGGGACCUGAGACACCCAGAAGACGACCCCGGGGAGAAACACUUAGAUGAACCUCGCAGGAGGCCUGGAAGGAGGAAUACACCGUACUGGUACUUCUUACAAUGCAAGAGGCUGAUUAAAGAGAAGAAGCUGCAGGAGGCUUUGGACGUGUUCUCCAGAGACAUGCUGCAGGGAGAGAGGCUGCAGCCAGAGGAGUUCAACUACUCUGUCCUGAUAGGAGGCUGUGGUCGAGCUGGACAACUCAAAAUGGCCUUCAAACUCUACAAUGAUAUGAAGAAGCGAGGUCUGGAGCCCACCGAUGCGACCUACACUGCUCUAUUCAACGCCUGUGCAGAGUCACCUUUCAGACAAGGCGGCCUUCAGUAUGCUCUGAAGUUGGAGCAAGAGCUCCGUCGCAAAAACUACCCGCUCAGCACCAUCACGUACCACGCCCUCCUCAAGACCCACGCCUUCACCAACCACCUUCAAGCUUGUAUUCACACGCUCAGGGAGAUGCUGCAGAAAGGACACCCUGUAACUCAGGAGACGUUUCACUACCUGCUGAUGGGCUGCCUGAAGGACAAAGAAACAGGAUUCAGAAUGGCUUUACAGGUGUGGCGUCAGAUGCUGCGUUCAGGCAUUCUUCCAGACUCAAAGAACUAUAACUUGCUCCUGAGAACCGCCAGGGACUGUGAGAUUGGGGAUUUGGCCUUGGCUGCUGGCGUUCUGCUGGGGAAUGACUGUGAGCGUCAGAAAGGGAGCCAAGACGCAUCAGAGUCCAGGAGCAAGGGUGUGAUAGACAUUGAUGUCCUGGAGAGGCAGCUGUUUCUCCAGCCUGAUCCACACAGUGACGGAAGACGUAGUGAGGUAGAGUCCAACAGCAGAGGACAACACUCGACCGAUUUGAUACCAGUCAGACAAAAUGGAGACAUCCCACCGCCUGUCGACUUAGUAGCUGUUUCCACAGCUCCUAACUUACUGGACGUUUUUGAGGGGAAAAGAAGUGCUGUGAUCUCCCUCUGUGCUGUAGAUGGACCAUCUGAUCGCCUCGCCCUCAUCGGUGGAGCUAAAGGUUUCUUGGAGAAGAUGGCCGCCAACGGACUCAGUCCAGACCUCAGAACUCUGACCCUGCUGGCUGAUACGAUGGAACCGGGCUACGAGUCCCUGCAGCUGCUGUUGAAAGUCGCCAAGGAGCAUCGGGUGAAGCUUGAUGUGCCGUUCUUCAACUCUGUGAUUCGCAGAGCAGCAAGAGCUAGUGACCUGGAGGGGGCGAAGGCUGUGUUGAGUGUGAUGCGACAGCGAAACCUAAAUGUUGACAUACAGACGUUUGGGUGCCUUGCAUUAGCCUGUGAGAGACAGAAAGACGGUCUGCAGCUGCUGAAAGACAUUGAGGAAGCAGGACUGAGGCCCAACGUUCACAUUUUCUCUGCCCUAAUUGGCCGAGCUACUCGUAGACUGGAUUACGUCUACUUGAAAACGAUACUGAAAAGCAUGAAGGACAAAGGAGUGGCGCCUAAUGAGGUCAUCAUCACACAGCUGGAGUUUGCUGCACAGUAUCCUCCCAACUAUAACCAGUACAAGUCCCGAAGCAACUACCUCGUCCACAUAGAUGGUUUCCGUGGUUACUACCAGCAAUGGCUGAGAGACAUGCCUGCUCAGAGCGCCGAGGAAGAGCGGGUGGAGCUGAAGGCCUGAAAACUGAAGCUGACAUACAACCGAGGAACCAGAGAGCAGCAGCAAGGACAUGUUACAGGGACAAGACGAGCAGCAUUUCAUCAGCGUCAUUCUGCAUUUAGUGCUGUAGCCCUGGAUGCACUUUGAACAUAUUUACUUACUCAUUUGUUUAUUAUUAAAAAUGGGACAAAACAUAUUAAUGAAUAUUUCCAAUGUAAACAUGUAUGGCAUUGUAGCCAGGUGGCUAAUUUGCAUCCCUUAUAACAUUGGCAUUGAUGGUAUUCUUCGUCGUGUAACAAAUAAACUCAGUGGCAGAGAGAUAAUCUUUUUUUUUGUCUUUCUGAUUAUAUUUUAUUAUUAUUAUUUUAUUGAAUUGGGACCGUGCAUAUUAAUGAACACUGAUACGUU